GAGAGAAGACUGCAAGUGCUCCUCUUCAUUUCCUAAGUUCUAUCCAAAGGGUACUCUCUGGAAAUGGCCUCAGAAAUCCACAUGCCGGGCCCAGUGUGCCUCAUCGAGAACUCCAAUAAGAAGUUGGUGGUCAACCAGGAGGCACUGGAGAUCCUGUCUGCUUUCCAACAGCCUGUGGUUGUGGUUGCAAUAGUGGGCUUCUACCGCACAGGCAAAUCCUAUCUGAUGAAUAAGCUGGCUGGAAAGCAGAAGGGCUUCUCCCUGGGCUCCACUGUGCAGUCUCACACCAAGGGCAUCUGGAUGUGGUGCAUGCCUCAUCCCCAGAAGCCAGAACAUACCCUCGUUCUGCUUGACACCGAGGGCCUGGAAGACAUAGAGAAGGGUGACAACCAGAAUGACUGCUGGAUCUUUGCCUUGGCCGUCCUCCUCAGCAGCACCUUCAUCUACAACAGCAUAGGAACCAUCAACCAGCAGGCCAUGGACCAGCUGCACUAUGUGACAGAACUGACUGAUCUCAUCAAAUCAAAGUCAUCCCCUCAACAGAGUGAUGUAGACAACUCAGCUAACUUUGUGGGCUUUUUUCCUAUCUUUGUGUGGACUCUGAGGGAUUUCUCCCUGGAUCUGGAAUUUGAUGGAGAAUCCAUCACUCCUGAUGAGUACCUGGAGACUGCACUGGCUCUGAGAAAAGGAACUGAUGAGAACACUAAAAAAUUUAAUAUGCCUCGACUGUGUAUCAGGAAGUUCUUCCCAAAGAGGAAGUGCUUCAUCUUUGACAGGCCUGGAAACAGGAGGCAACUUUCCAAACUAGAGUCGAUACAGGAGGACCAGCUGAAUAAAGAAUUUUUAGAACAAGUUGAAGAAUUCACCUCAUACAUCUUCAGCUAUUCUGAUGUCAAGACUCUGUCUGGUGGCAUCACAGUCAAUGGGCCACGUCUAAAAUGCCUGGUGCAGACCUAUGUCAGUGCCAUCUGCAGUGGAGAACUACCCUGUAUGGAAAACGCAGUACUGACUUUGGCCCAGAUAGAGAACUCAGCAGCAGUGCAAAACGCCAUCACCUACUAUGAAGAACAGAUGAAUCAGAAGAUCCAGAUGCCCACAGAAACCCUCCAAGAGCUGUUGGACCUGCACAGGACCUGUGAGAGGGAGGCCAUUGGGGUCUUCAUGAAGAAUUCUUUCAAGGAUGUAGACCAAAAGUUCCAGACAGAAUUAGGGACCCAGCUGGAAGCCAAGCGAGAUGCCUUUGUUAAGAAGAACAUGGACAUGUCAUCUGCUCAUUGCUCAGACUUACUGGAGGGCCUCUUUGGUCCUGUAGAAGAAGAAGUGAAGCAGGGGACAUUUUAUAAACCAGGAGGUUACUACCUUUUUCUUCAAAGGAAACAAGAGCUGGAGAAAAAGUAUAUCCAGACUCCUGGAAAGGGACUCCAG